AUGGAUUUGGAGAAUGAUAAUAAUCAUGGUUUUUCAUUAGAUUAUGAUUUAUUACAUAAACAGUUAGAAGAACUUCCUUAUUACAAGAAAGAAUUUAACAAAUAUGAUGUGUUUUGUUUUAAGGAAGAAAAGGAACUGAGUGAAUUACUUGCUUAUGAAAAUGAAAUUAAGAAAUCAUGUAAUUACUUUACCCAUUUCGAAAACAUUCAUAAGAAUAUCAAAAGAAUAUAUGAAUUAGACGAGGAUACAAAAGAGAAAAUAUUAGAAACAAAUGAAAUGACUCAUGAAAUACUAGAUGAGAUACACAAGCUAAAGAAAGUACAAUAUGAUAUUAGAGUAAAAGAAAAGAUGUAUAAUAAAAUUUUAGAAGAAUAUAGUUUAAGUCCUUUAAGUUAUAGUAAUUUAACAGAUUUGAAGAUAUCAUUAAAUAUUGAAUUCUUUGAACAUCUAAAACAAUUUGAAUAUACAAAAGAAAAUAUUAUAAAAUUAUUAAAUGAAGAUGGUUCCGAAAAUUUAAGUAAAUUUUAUUCUAAACAUUAUAAUAAAAUAAUGAUUAUAGCUUGUAGGAAGAUUUCUAUAUACAUAAUAAAAGAAAAUAAUAAUUUCUAUCGAAGAAAUAAUAAAAUACUUAAUUUAUUAUUUUGUAAUAUAAAUGAAGAAUUUGUUAAACGAGAAGAAAUCAUACUAUCUUAUAUCCAAAAUUUAUUACCUAUAACAAAAUUGUCUUAUAAAAUUAUUAUUGAAAAUAUAGAAUAUUUCAAUUUAUGUUUAAAUAAUUUUCUUAAUUUAAGAAAAAAAUAUUUAAAAAUUAAUUAUCAAAAUUAUAUGUCAAAUAAUUGUAAAUUUAUUAAUAAGGAAAACUCUAUAGAUAUAGAACCAAGGCAAAAACAUGAUUUUAUUAAAAUGUUUAAAAACUUUUUUUUAGUUUUAUAUUAUUUUAUUGUAUUAGAAGAUAACUUUUUAAAGAUAUUUUUUUCAUUUAAUUUUUAUUUUACGAAUGAUAUUAUACCAUAUAUAUCAGCAAAUAUAGAGAAUGUUCAUAAUAAUUUAUAUAAUAUAAUAGAUACAUUAUUUAUACCAUAUAAAUAUUUUUUAGAUACGAAUUUAAAUAUAUAUGCAAAAAGUUAUGAAUCAUGUUAUGAGCUCUUUCAUAUUUUAAAUAUAUUUAUUCUUAAAUUAAAGCAAUUUCAAAAUAUUUAUGAAAUUAAUGAUAUAAUAAAAAAUAUUAUCAUAAAAUAUGCACAACGUAAUAAUGAUACCUAUAAUACAUUAAUAUACUAUAAUUUGUCAAAGAGUAAAUUGUAUUUACCAAGUAAAAUAUAUAACAAUAAUAAUAAUAAUAUAAAAGAGGAAGAUAUCAAAAUGGAUACGAAUAAAAUGAAGGAAAAUCGUAUCAACAAUAUUUCUGAUAAUAAUUUGAAUGGAACUUAUCCAAAUAUAAGAGAAGUGAAAAAUAAUUAUCAAUUGGAUAAAAAUAUGGAGGAAUUAGAUAUCAAUAAAAUGAAUACAAAACAAAAAACACAAGAUGGACAAAUAUCUCAAGUAGGUAUAGAAUCAUCUUAUAUGAAUAAAGAAAGUAAUCAAUUUAUAGAAGAUAAACUAAUAAAUGUAACAAAAAAUAAUUUAUAUAAUGAAAAAUAUAUUGGUAAUACUAAUGAUAAACCUACCUUGGAUGUGAAAGAUGGUGAUCAUGUUGAAUUUUAUAACAAACCUAAUGAAGACAAUGUAUCUGAAAAAAACGAAGAAAAAUAUGACAAAAUUAAUGAAAAACAGAAGGAAAAUAUUCAAUUACGUAAUAAUGAUAAAAAUAAAUCUAAUUAUUAUGUAGAUAGUAUAAAUGAGAAAUAUAAUUGUAAAUUAUUAAAUUAUACAUUAAAAAUACAAAAAAAUAUAGAGAAUGAAUUUAUAUCUAUAUGGCAACGUGAUGUUGUAAGUUUUUAUCUAAACAAAAUUACCAAAAAAGAAAAUUCUAAUAAUUUUGAAGAUACCUUAUUUUAUAUAAAGAAAAUAUUAAAUUCUUUAAAAAAUGUAUAUUCAAUAUAUAAAAUGUAUGCAUUAUAUGCAAAAGAUAUGAAAGAACAAAAUUUCCAAAAUGUUCUUGAUAUAACUAUAAAUCCAUUAAUAAAUAAUUGUUUAAAAAACCAAAAUUCAGUUGUUCAUAAUCAUUAUGUAUUUAUUGUAAAUAUUUUUACAUUUAUACAAGAUAGUAUAAAAAAUUUAGAGGGAGCAUCUAAAUAUUGUGAACUACUAACAAUUAUCACAGAUGAAAAUAUAAACAAACUUUUCAAAAUGGAAUUAGAAAAUUUAAAAAUAAAAUUAGAACUAGACAAAUUAGAAAAGAUGAAUCAAGACAAUCUUAAACAAGAUACAGAAGAAUUAAAAGCAUUUGUAGACAAUUUUUACAAAUUUGUUUUUUCGGAAAAACAUAAUAUUUUCCUUACAAUUCAUAAAAUAGUAUCUGACAUUAUAAAGGAUAAUAUAAAAAAUAACUUGUUCGAAUAUAUACAUAAAGAAUAUAUAAUCCUUUAUAACAAAUAUUCUAGUAAGUUCAAAUUUACUUAUACCCCUGAACAAAUAAAAUGUAUACUAUAUGAAAAAUGUUAA